AUGGAGCGCACUUGCACCCACAUCACACAAAGUGCUUGUGAUGACUGCCUCCCUCUCCUCCAAAUCGACGACGACUACGAUGAUGAAGUGUUGCGCAACAGCACGUGUACGUCGAGAUUUAUGCAGGGAUGGGGUUCGUCGACCCGAUCGAUUCUGUUCGGCGGCGGCGGGUCGAAUGAGGAGCAGAGGAAUUUAAUUCCCAGCUCAUCAUCCCAUCACUCCUACCACGAUUCGCCGAUGGAAGCACCGCCGGAAGUGCACUACGAACAAUUCACCGCCACCCAACACCACGGACCGCCCACCAUGGCCUCUUCCUCUCAAAUCAACUCCCGACGAUGGGAUCAUGUGUUAAAUUUGGACGAAUUCUUCACCCACAUCUAUGAAUAUCAUCAAAACGGCGGAUAUUUGUGUAUUGUGCUUCAAAAACUGUUCAGUUUGCUUCAAUUCAUUUUUGUCAUGAGCUUCACCACAUUUUUCACCCAAUGCGUCAACUAUGACUUCCUAUUCGCCAACACCAAUGUCACCACCCACAACACCACAAACAUUGGAAAACGACACUUCAGCGACGCCGUGGUGGACAAUUGUGCCGCUCAUUUGAGCAUCUGGGCCGUUUUGGCCAUCGUCGCGGCGGCGGUUUACUGGAUUACGCGGGUCAUCAAGCAUGCGCAGUACAUUAUGAAAAUGACCGAGAUCCAGCAAUUUUACGUUCAUGAGCUGAAAAUUCAAGACGAUCAGCUGCCGAAUCUGACGUGGCACGCGAUUGUGAAGCGGAUUUGUGAGGCGCAGAAGAAGUUGCGGCUCAGCAUUCAUCAGGAUAAUAUUACGAGCAUUUAUAUCUAUCAUAGGAUUCUCAGAUAUAAGAAUUAUAUGACCGGAAUGGUUAAUAAGCUCAAAAUUACAGAAUUUUUGACACCGGGCCUUGAAAAUUUCCUCAGGCCCGGCCCGGCCCGGAAUUUUACAAGUAUGCGCAUCCUCCACCCGGUGUUCGAGAUCCCGUUCCUCGGCCCGAUCGCCUACCUUCCCAACAACCUCAAACACGAAAUCGAGCGUAUCCUGUUCACAAGUUCCACGUCAGCAUGGACCAACGGCCCCAACCUUCGCGACGAGUACAAACAUCACGAGCAGCUAGAGCAUGCGGCGAAGAAAAUGAAAGAGGACUGCAAAUUCUACGGAUUCCUCUCCCUGAUUCUUAUGCCAUUGCUUCUCCCGUUCCAGAUGAUGGAAUCGUUUUUCUCGCUAACAGAGCUCAUCAAAAGACGCCCUGAUGGCCUAGGAAUGCGGAGAUAUAGCAACUACGGGCGGUACCUGGUUCGCCAUUUCAAUGAGCUGGACCAUGAACUCUCCGCUCGUCUGAAUCGCUCUCACAUCUAUGCCGCAGCUUAUAUGGACCAAUUUUUCUCCCCGGUCCUCGAAAUUGUCGCUAAAAAUGUGACAUUUGCCGCCGCAGCCAUCGUUGGAAUUCUGACAAUUUUAUCUGCAUGGGACGAGGAUGUACUUCAGGUGGAGCAUGUGCUUACAGUAAUCACAAUCUGCGGAAUUAUCAUUCUCAUUUGCCGUGGAAUGAUCCCCGAUGAGAAUCUCGUCUGGCAACCGGAGAUUCUGAUGACCCACGUCACCUCGGAACUUCACUACUUGCCAUCCACGUGGAAGGGAAAGGCCCACACAGCGGGGGUCCGGCAUCAGUUCGAUCAACUGUUCCAGAUGAAAUGGAUGUUUUUUGUGCUGGAAUUGACGUCUCCUAUCUUCACCCCCUUUGUUUUGCUAUUCUGGUUGCGGCCGAGGUGUACACAGCUGGCGAAUUUCUUCCAUGACUAUACGGAGCGAGUUGAUGGUCUUGGAGACGUUUGUAGCUUUGCGGUGAUGGAUGUCGGGAAGCAUGGGGAUCCGAAAUGGAAUCAUAUUAAGGAACUCAAAGCGAUCGACGAGGAGCAAGAAGAAGGCGGAGAACCGACUACAGUAACCUCCCACAACCGCGCCCGCGAUGGAAAAACCGAACUUUCUGUGCUCCACUUCAAGACAACGAAUCCAGAAUGGCAGCCACCGAAAGCGUCGGAACGAUUCCUCAGAAAGUUCCGGAAUCGUCUGGGACAAGAGGCAUCGAUGUUGGCGCCAAUUGGAUCGAUGCAUCUGGGACAGCAUCUGGGAGGUCAAGAACUUCCGACUCGUAACAUCCUCCUGGAAUCCGUCCACUCUAUCGUUCCAACGACUUCUGGAGGCGUUACAGCUUCGCAAUGCGCACCGGGACGUCAUCCACUCAUCGGAGAAGGUCUUCAUCGUAUUGAUGGACCGCUUGAGAACGCAUUCCAAGGAAUUCCAGGGAAACAGUCUGGGGGAAUUCUGGCGAGUCUCUAUCAGGAACAACCCAGGGCCGCCGAGUCGUUGAACAAUAGUUUGAGAGCCAGUGGAGUGGAUAUCGAUGGAGCUGGCGCUGAGAUGAGGAUCAAUGCACUGUUCUUGAGAGGACUUCAUGAUGAGAGUGUUAUCCAAAGCUCCUCGUCCCGCCACUACGGUAACGCCACGUCGAGCUUCAACAUGCACCCAACAGCGAUGCAGAGUGUGUUCGCAAUGCCCGACGGAUUCGGACAACUUCCAGAAGUGGCAUCCUCCCUGAUCAACGUUGAAACGCCGACGUAUCGACGUGAAUCCACUCAGAGAUCGGUUUCCGGGGAGCUGGAAUCGGAGCACCGGGCUCCAGAGCCACUUGCGGAGCUUUCGGAUCUUCCAUCAUCUUCUGAAGCCGGGACGUCUUCUGAACGGCUUAUUGAUCAUCCGGCGCCGAAAUCCAGCAAACGAAGGCCUCAAGAACCGGCACAACAUCAUCAGAUCAAUGAGGUCGAUGAGGAGGAGGAGGACGAAGACGAUGAGGACAAUACGCCACCUCUCAGUUUUAGUUCUUAA